AUGCGAAUUACGGAUCUACAAGGAGACGAAGAAUUUCAGUCCUCAAUAGCGUUGGCUUUACAGGUGUCGUCCCUUUUAAAUUCCAAGCUUGGUCUGCGCGUUGAAAAGGAGGAUAUAGACAUAGCGCAUAGGAUAGGGAAAUAUCACCGAGAGAAGAUCCAACCGGUCAUCGUCAGGUUCAUACGGCGCCAAACAAAAUCGGAUGUAAAGCGAAAUGCAAAGCUACUCAAAGGUUCCGGUAUUUUCUUGAAUAAAGACCUGACAAAAUUGAACGCUGAAAUUCUAGCGUCCGUUAGGCUGAAGGACCCCGAGACGGUGGAGUGGGCGUGGUCGUUCGAUUGGAAGCUUUAUGCACCCUUCAGAGAGGCCUGUUGGUCCACGGUCGCCCAAAUCAUUUUGGCCAAUCAGAACACUGAUCUUGAAUCAGGGGAGAGGAUAGGCUAUAGUGAAGAACAUGUCUGGUGCAGCAGCGAUGUUCGUGUUCUUAUUGCCGGGGAUUCCAAUGUCCAUCGUUUGAAGUCUGCAUGUCCUCCAAAUGCAAGGAUUGACUUUCUGCCCGUAUCUGGUGCAAAGUAUGUGUCUGACCGGAAGGGCUUUAGAAAGCUGCUGCAUCUAGAGCUGAUGUCAGGUUGUUACGACAUAUUGUACCUGCAUCUUGGCUCUAACGAUGUUUGCUGCAAGGAUAGCGAUUUCUACCGUUGUGUGACUGAGAUCCUUGAUGUUGUAUUCAGUGUGUGUACUGAAAUACACGUGGUGCUUUGCGUGAUUCUUCCACGUGAUUUUGAUGUGAGAAUGUUUCCCCGAUGGCCACUCUCAGGGGCACAGUUGAGGAACUACUGCCAGUGGAUAAGGAGCGCAAACAGCAUGCUGUGGGAACUGAGUCACCAUGUGCCUUCUGUGAGAUACAUGGACUAUGGAGCAACAGGUAUAGGGAAAGAUCUAGAGUGA